CCAGACAGUUUAAUUGUGAGUGUUGGUGUAAACAGUCUAUUCAGUACAAACGGUCGUUCAUAUUAACCGGUCUUAAAAAGAGAACUUGCGAAAAAAUGUUAAAAACUCAAAUUUGGCAGUUGACAUAUAACAAGAAGAUGGAGUCUGACAAGAUAUGUUUGUUUAUGUAACACAAAUAAAUCACAAUGGACACUAUUAUUGAAGGGCCCCAAGAUGAAAAGGGUCAUCUACAAGACAUUAGUAUUAUUGAUACUACUGGUUGGACUUCGCAAGCAGAACAAAUUGUCAACAAUUCAACACUUCUAUAUAUAGCAGUUGAAUAUGUUAAAGAUUACAAAGUUGUCGAUCCAAAUACACCAGUAACUUCUCAAAAUGAAGUUUAUUCAGAGUUUGAUUCUCAUGUGAGCCCUCUUGAUCCUAACAUGGGUUCUGUAGCUAAUUACAGCCCUGUUUAUAAUGAUUCCCCAGCGGAGUAUAACCCAGUAGUAAUUCACCAACUUGUAACUCAAGAUGGUACUGUACAAAACGAACAGUUCAUUAGUAGCUUGAAUACUUCUUCAAUUGACACCAUACCUACAGUUUUAUGUAAUAAUGACGUUAGAGGAGUCAGUAGCGAUUAUCUACAAAUGGUUAAUUCAAAUGAAACUAAUAUCGUAACUACUUCUAAUAGCGAAACAUUGGAACAAAAGGUAGAACUUUUAAUAACGGACGAAACAACAGGAAUAUCUUAUAGCGUCGAUGCACAAGAAUUAUUGGUGGAGCCUUGUCUACAAGACGAACAUCAACUUUUAGAAUCCUUGGCGCCAGAUCCGAUAUUGGAAUCAGAUCUCCUGACGCUCGACGAUAGAACAUUGAAAUCAGAAUUAAAUGAUAAUUUGGAUGUAUGCCCCAAUGAUAUUGCAACAGUUAAUACCGAAGCUGUGAAUAAUUAUAUUAAUAAUUUAUCUGAAGCAAAUGAAUCUCCUAGACUUAAUUCAUAUAAAAUGGUAACUAGACCAAAGAGAAAUGGUGUUGACUCUGAAGAUAACAUAUUAUCUUGUGUUUAUAGUAUCAUAGACAAACCUAUUUUGACAAGAGCCAGAGCAUCUCUUCCUGAAUCAUAUUUAGUUCUAGGCAAGGCAACUGAAGAAGAUGCAGUUUUUGCGAAAAAAGUUAUUCCAAAAAGAACACAGUUCGGUCCUCUUGAAGGCGUUCUUGUACCAGCUGAUAUAUCUAAAUUAGAAGAAGAUAAAUUGGUAUUUUUUAUAGAAAUUGAUGGAGGGCUUUAUAAGAUAGAUACAAAUGAUGAAAAUACUUCGAAUUGGAUGAUGUUUGUAAGGCAGGCGACGACUUUUGAAGAACAAAAUUUAAUUAUAACACAAGAAAAUAAUUGUAUUUAUUUCACCUCAACUACUACAAUUAUGCCAAAGCAAGAAUUAAAGGUUUGGUACAGUAGCCUGUACGCGCAAUAUUAUGAUCUACCUACAUUCCAACCUAUAAAGGAGCUUUCUUGGCAUUGUUACGAAUGUCCAACAAAAUUUGAAACUUCCGAAGAAUUACAAAUCCAUCUUGAUACACACGAUACAGUAAAAGACGAAAAUAUCAAACCUAGAAAAAAGAAAUAUUUCCAUAAAAAGAUCCAUAACGAGACUGUUGAAUGUCAGAUUUGUCACGAGAUGUUUUUCCAAUACAAUUACAAUUUUUUGAAACUCCACAUCAAUCAAAAACAUCAACUACCAAAAGGAACAGUCGAGGAAUACUUUACUAUAGUAAACAAUUUUAAAUGUGACAAAUGCACUAGUACUUUCAGGUCUGAAAGUUUAUUGAAAAUUCACAGUUACAAACAUAAUCCCGAUACAUCUGAGGAACAAACGAACCAUGUAUGUCCGGAUUGUCAAAAAAAAUUUCCUAGUCAAUGUCAAUUAGUGUUGCACGUCAUGCAACACGCCAUAUUAAUCAAACCGCAACCAAAAAAGUACAAGUGUUCAAUUUGUUACAGUAUAUUUUCGAAACCCGAACGAUUACAGAAACACAUGGUUGUUCAUGGUUCGGACGAUAACAAACCUCUACAAUGUAAAACGUGCAAUAAAAGAUUCUUGACUAAUUCGGCUUUAUCUUGUCAUUUGAAAACUCAUUUUAUUGGAAAGAAAGCUUUCGAAUGUCCGAUAUGUAAAGAAACGUUCGACCACGUGUUAAAACUAAAACUGCACGUUCCCAGUCAUUGUCAAAAUAAUUCUUUCACAUGUCCCCAUUGCAAUAAAAUUUUUAAAAAGUACAGUAUUAUAAGGAAACACAUAAGGGCAUUCCAUUGCGAAAGGAUUCACGAAUGUACGAAUUGUACCAAAGUUUUUCCCACAUUGGAUAAAUUGAGGAUGCAUUUGCUUAAACAUUCCGAUCACAGAGAAUUUUUGUGCGCUAAUUGCGGAAAACAAUUCAAAAGGAAAGACAAAUUAAAGGAGCAUUGUAAAAGGAUUCAUUCCGAGGAGAGGGAGAAUACUAUUCCGCAAGAUAAAAAUACAAAGCAACUCAAAAAGUGUAUGCCAAAAGUUGAACCUACAGAUUUUCACAGAUUUAUAUAUAAAUGUCAUAGUUGUAUGGUUGGAUUUAAACGAAGAGGAAUGCUUGUAAACCACUUAGCUAAGAGACAUCCGGACAUUAGACCGGAAUCGGUUCCAGAGCUUAAUUUACCAAUUUUGCAAACUACCCGUGAUUAUUAUUGCCAGUAUUGUGAGAAAGUUUACAAGAGUAGCUCUAAGAGAAAAGCGCAUAUUUUGAAAAAUCAUCCCGGCGCAGCGUUACCUCCGAGCAAUAGAAAACAAGGUUCCCUUCAAGAAGUUUCUGGUCUUCCCAAUCCCACUUUUUCCCAAACGGUCGGUAGUAUCACCACCAGACCUCAAAAUUGUAAAUGGUGUCACAAGCAGUACGCGAGUAAGGCAAAAUUAUUACAACACCAAAGAAAAAAACAUCGUGAACUACUAAUCAGUGAUGAAGUUAAAGAUAUUCCUCAAAAUAAUAACGGAAUUGAAUUAAUGAACGAGAAAAUUGAUCAAAAAAGAGACGAUAAUGAUGCCGUUACAGAAUUCGAUAAAGUUGUAGAAAAUAUGAUUAGCGGUGAGCUGGAUUACAAUUUGGAAGAAGAAGGAGAGUAUUGUCAUUUAGCUAUCAAUGAAAAUGAGAGUUUUAUUGAAACUAACGAAUUGGAAAAUCCAAAUUCUCACUUAUACCGUUUAUUGACAACAGCCAACAAUGGAAUGUUACCACCUCGUUGAAAAGAUUGAACUCGGUGUAAAUGGGAAUUAUUCUGUGGCUCAUUGUCAUGAGUAUUUCAUUCAAGUUCCGAGUGAUUUUGUCUGCAAUUCCGACCGUAGGAUGGACCCUGCGCGUUUACAUCAACAGAAUUAAGAAGGAUACGGUUGAUCUUUUAAGAAAUAUUUAAAGAAGUAUUAGAUUUUAUUGGUAAUAAAUUGUCAGUUUGUUAUAUGAAAAAGAGAAAAAUAAGUCUGACUUAACUAAAAUUGUGAAAUGUAGAUAAUCGAUUCGAUUCAAUUUCCAAAUACUUUCAUAUUGCUUAUUGAUAUUACCUAUUUGGAAUUGGAAAUGUGUGUGAAUUUAAAUAAAUUGCUGUUGCCUUUUUCUCUCCAGAUAUAUUUUUCCUUUAAAAAUUAGAUUCCCCACUAAAUUCCGUUUCUAUAUAUUCUUAAGCUCUCCAUAUUUGAAAAUUCAAUUAAAUAUACAAAAAAUUUACUUAG